CCCAGCCUGGCAUCUUCCCUCUCCACGCCACACGCACGGCUCCAUCCUUCUGUCCACGCUCGCGCCGCCAGGGCGCUCGAGCUCGCCGUCGUCAUCUCGUCGGGCCGCCGCCUCGCAGCUUCGCCCGCGGCUCUGGUCCGCGCCCCGCCAAGGCCCAGCCCCAAGCUGCCAGCGGCCUCCGGCGUUGCUCGCCGCUCACUGCGCGCCGUCUCGCGCUCUCGCGCCCUCGCCCAGUCCUGCUCUCCCUUCGUCGCUCCGCGGCUCCGCCGGCGUCUGGGCAUCCGGCCUUCGGGCUUUGGUGGCGCCCCCCACCGGCCACCGGCCCACCCCAGCGGGCAGCGGCCACUGCAACUCUGCGGCUCUGCCAGGAACAAGGAGGAACAGUGGCGAUUCUGCCAGGGACAGGGAGGAGCAGUGGCAGACAACGUCCUUCCUUUUGUUUGGCCCGGGGCUUCGGAAUUAUCUGGAGCCGCUACUGCCCCCAGCGUUCGGACUCCCGGGUCGCAGGCAGCCACGUCUCGUCCUGGCUCUGGGCUCGCCGCGCUAUCGUCUCGGCCAUUCGCUCCGACGUCCGUAUUCAAUAGAUUUGCCCUACUCGUGACCACGAGAAUCCGGCGAGGAGGGAGACCGCUCGUGCGGAGUCUAUAAUGGCUGACGGGCAGCAUAUUCAGGCAGCAUCAGAGGAAGUGGAUUCAAUCCACUUCAGCUUCUAUAGUGAUGAUGAAAUUAAGAGGAUCAGCAUUAAAAAGAUCACCAAGUCGGAGCGCCUUGAUGCCAAAAACCUUCCUGUGCCAGGUGGAUUACUGGACCCUGCAAUGGGACCUAUCAAUGAUAUUGAUAUCUGCAAGAGUUGUGGUCAGCAUUCUGUUCGUUGCCCUGGUCACUUCGGUCAUAUUGAGUUGGCAAAACCAUUGUUCAAUCCUUUGCUGUUUAUGAGUCUGAAAAACCUUCUCCAUGUCACGUGUUUCCAUUGUCACAAGUUCCGCCUGAACAAGGAACAGGUUGACAGAUAUGUGAAUGAACUUGAACUUUUAGUAAAGGGUGAUAUUGUCUGUGCUAAAAAUUUGGAAGACUCAGUAGAAGAAGCAUAUCUUUCCAAGGAAGAUGAAAACAUGAACAAGACCACUUCAGGUGAUAACUCAUCUUCUGUGAAAGACAAGAAAACCUGGACAUCUAUCCAAUUGAAAGAGGUUUUGUCUAUUUUUUCCAAGAUAAUGAAAAAGAGACAGAAGAAGUGUGCAAAAUGUGACAUGAAGAGCCCAACAAUCUCAAGUCCUAUAUUUGGUUGGCUGGUCAAGGACACAAAGGCUUCUGCUGUAAGAACAAAUGCAAUUGCUGAUUUUAAACUCAAGGGAGAUGGUGAUAUUCACAACUCAGGGGAAACAGGGGUUUCUGGUCUUGAGGAAGAGUCAUCUUCACCUGGAAUGGUGUCUAAAGACUCAAUCAAUGAAGUUAGAGGUCUUUCUGAUGAUACAAUUAAAGAAUUGGUAGCAUCAUCAGGAAAAAAACAUCUAUUGCCUACAGAGGUUGAAUCUAUUCUCAAGGACUUGUGGAAAAAUGAAGCUAGGUUCUGCAUGUUACUUUGUGAUUUCCAGAAGAAUAUGUCAAGUGAACCAGAAAAGAGAAGGGGCUAUGAAAUGUUCUUCUUGAGUAGUCUCCUUGUGGCACCAAAUAGAUUCCGCCCAUCAACUAGCUCUAGUCUUGGAAUUAUGGAACAUCCUCAAAGUGUUCUGCUAAGUAAAGUGCAAGAAUCCAAUCUUGCGCUACAACAUAACAAUGCAUCUUCUAACCAUAUGGAUGUUCUUCAAAGAUGGAUGGAUCUACAACGGAGUGUAAAUGUGCUAUAUGAUAGUAGCAAAGGCCUUGCAAGAAGCGAGAAGAAUGCUCAUGGUAUACGCCAGCUAUUGGAAAAGAAAGAAGGAAUUCUUCGACAAAAGAUGAUGGGGAAGAGGGUUAAUUAUGCAUGCCGAUCUGUUAUAUCUCCAGAUCCGUACUUGGCUGUUAAUGAAAUUGGCAUUCCUCCUGUUUUUGCGACACGAUUGACAUAUCCUGAGAAAGUAACACCCUGGAAUACCAAAAGGCUCCAAGAAGCUAUAAGGAAUGGUGCCGAUAUACAUCCAGGUGCAACACAUUACAGGGACAACAAUAGCAUGUAUAAGUUACAGGCAGUCCCUGCCAAACGCCGUUCCAUUGCUAAGAUGCUACCUGCAUCUAGAGGAUCAAUUUGUCAGCCAGGGAGAGAUCCUAAUUGUGAGUUUGAAAGCAAGGUUGUAUAUCGGCAUCUUCAAGAUGGUGACAUUGUACUUGUCAAUAGGCAGCCUACUCUUCACAAGCCCAGCAUGAUGGCUCAUUUUGUUCGGGUGUUACCUGGAGAAAAGACGUUACGAAUGCACUACGCCAAUUGCAGCACCUACAAUGCUGAUUUUGACGGAGAUGAGAUGAAUGUUCAUGUUCCGCAAGAUGAAAUAUCUCGUGCUGAGGCCAUGAAUAUUGUUGACGCAAACAAGCAAUACAUUGGUCCUAGGAGUGGGGAUGCUGUCAGAGGUCUCAUACAGGACCACAUUGUUGGUGCUGUACUAUUGACAAAACCAGACACAUUGCUAAGCCGUGAAGAAUAUAGUCAGCUUGUCUUUGGGUCUUGUGUGCCGUCCUCAAAUUGUGGCUCUCAUCACCCUGCUAAGGUGUCUGCUAUUGAGGAUUACGAUACACUUGAACUUGUCCAUCCUGCUAUUUGGAAGCCAAGGCCCUUAUGGACAGGAAAACAGGUUAUAACAACCAUCUUGAAUCAUUUAACAAAAGGUUGUCCUCCAUUUACUGUGGAGCAGAAGGGAAAAAUACCAAAAGAAUAUCUGAAAGAAGAUCCUUCCGCUCAAAAGGAAAAAGAAGAUCCUUCCGCUCGAAAAGAAGCUCAUUCUGCUAAAAAAGGAAAACGAGAAGAUCCUUCCGCUCAAAAAGAAAAAGAUUCUUCAGUUAAUAAAGAAAAACAAGAGAAGAUACAAAAACAAAAACAAAAAGAUCGUUCUGAACUGGUCUUAUAUAUUCACAAUAAUGAGCUCAUAAAGGGCAUAAUAGACAAGGCCCAGUUUGGGAAGUAUGGGAUAGUUCAUACAGUUCAUGAACUCUAUGGUGCAUAUACAGCUGGGAUACUGCUCUCGACAUUCAGCCGCUUAUUUACACUGUUCUUGCAGUUGCAUGGGUUUACUUGUGGGGUAGAUGACCUGCUACUAUUGCCAGAGAAGGAUAAACUGAGAAGUAAAAUUCUUAGUGGAAGCGAAGUGCGUAGUAAUGAAGUCCACUGGAAAUUUACUGGAGCUGACGAAGAUCAUAAAGGUGAUCUGGUAAAAUUGCAUAUGGAGGUUGAGAAGGCUGUAAGAAGUAACGGUGAAUCGGACACGGCUACCUUGGACAAUGAUAUGAAAAAUGCUCUAAAUGGGAUAACAACCGACGUCAAUAAAAUAUUAUUUCCUGAUGGUCUACAAAAGCCCUUUCCUGGAAAUUGUCUCUCUCUUAUGACUACAACUGGAGCUAAAGGUGGUCCGGUUAACAUGAAUCAAAUAUCAUCAUUACUAGGCCAGCAAGAGCUAGAAGGAAAGCGUGUUCCACGGAUGGUUUCUGGGAAGACUUUACCGUGCUUUCCGCCAUGGGAUAUUUCUUCAAGAGCUGGUGGCUUUAUCAGUGAUCGAUUUUUAACUGGUCUGCGUCCUCAAGAGUAUUACUUUCACUGUAUGGCAGGCAGAGAGGGGUUGGUUGACACAGCAGUCAAAACAUCCCGUAGUGGAUACCUUCAGCGUUGUCUUAUCAAAUGUCUGGAAUCGUUGAAAGUCUCCUAUGAUCACACGGUUCGGGAUGCUGAUGGAUCAAUUGUACAGUUCUGCUAUGGAGAAGAUGGAGUUGAUGUGCUGAAAACUAGCUUUCUGAACGAGUUCAAAGAACUUGCUGAUAACAGAAAAGCUGUCCUUGCCAAGCUCGGUGGCUGCAGUAAGGAUCCCACAUUAUCAAAAUGUAAUGGAUACAUUACUGAACUGCCUCCUAAAUUGAUUGAUAAAGCGGAAGAGUUUCUUAAGCAUUCAAAGGAAUGCUGUCGUUACAACAUUGAGGCAAAGGAAUUAAAGGAGUUACUUAAAGUCAAGUUCCUAUCCAGUCUUGUAGAUCCUGGUGAGGCUGUUGGUGUGGUUGCUGCUCAGUCAAUAGGAGAACCUUCUACGCAGAUGACGCUCAACACUUUUCAUCUUGCUGGAAGGGGUGACAUGAAUGUAACUCUUGGUAUACCCCGGCUGAAAGAAAUACUGAUGACUGCAUCAGAUAAUAUUAGGACGCCUGUUAUGAAGUGUCCUUUGCUCGAACAUAUUUCUGAGGAUGAUGCUAAAAUGGUGGUUGCAAAGCUUAGGAGGGUUCGUGUGGCUGAUGUAGUGGAGAAAAUUGAAGUCUGCACAGUUCCUUUUUACAACUCUAAUGGGCGUGUUUCAACCCUGUACAAGUUACAGAUGAAACUCUAUCCACAAGACCAGCUUGAGUCAGGUCUUACUAUAGAUGAGUGUCAGGCAACCUUGAGAACAGUUUUUGUUGAGGCAAUGGAACAUGCAAUUGAAAAGCAUCUAGAUCUGCUAUACAAAAUAAAUGAAAUCCGUGCUGUUAAGAUAGAAGAUACAGAGGGCUCAUUAUUAAAUGGUGAUGAAGAAUCUCAAAGUAGACAUGCUGAUGGAGGAGACACUGGUACUAGUGAUGAUGACGAUCAAAAUGAUAAUGAUGUUGACUUGGGAACUGAUGCAGAAAAGAUGAAACGGCAAGAGAAAGAUGAGAUGGAGUAUGAUGAUGAUACUGAAACCGAGGAGGGAAUGGGUAGCGAAUCUGAGGAGAGCGAUGAGGAUCCAGCUGAGUCAGGUGAUGAUUCACAAGAGGCUGACAAAGAACACACGAUCUCGAAGUCUGAGACGACUUCAGUGGAUGACCUGCCAUAUUCUGUAAAAAAGGGGAAAAAAUCAAAAGAUGAUCGUGGAACAGCUAAACUAGAAGAGAAAAAUCAAAAUGAGGGAAGAUUAGAUGACCAGAAACAGGGUCAAAUAAAGAAGCGCAGGAAAAAGUUAAAACAUACUAUCCAUGUUGAAUCCAGUGAUUUGGAUUUUGAGAUUCACUAUGCCUUUCAUGAUGAACCUCAUAUUUUACUAGCUCAGAUUGCCAAAAAGAUAGCUAGGACUAUUCUUGUGAAGGCCUGCAAUAACAUUGAUCAUUGUAAGAUCGUCAAGCCAAUGCACAACCAUACGCGUCUAGAGACCGCCGGAGUGAACUUUGAAGUGGUAUGGAAUCUCAGUGAAUACAUCAGCGUCAAUGACAUCACAUCAAAUGAUAUCCAUGCCAUGCUGAAGACAUACGGGGUGGAGGCCGCACGGGGCACCAUCAUCAAGGAAGUGAGCGGCGUGUUUGAACCCUAUGGCAUCAAUGUUGACAUGAGGCACCUGAGCCUGAUCGCAGACUUUAUGACCUUGGAUGGCGGAUACCGGCCUAUGAACAGGCUGGGGAUUGGCCAGUUCAGCACCUCGCCAUUUGGCAAGAUGACGUUCGAGACAGCAACAAAGUUCAUUGUGGAUGCAGCCACACAUGGGGAGGCAGAUUUUCUGGAGUGCCCCUCAGCGAGUGUCUGCCUUGGGAAGCCCCCGAAGGUUGGGACUGGGAUCUUUGGGCUACUGCAGAAUCUUGAAUUGGAGCAGCCCAAGAAUAUCUAAAAUCUGCAUUUGGUGCACGUCUGGCCAAGCUGCCUUCUGAAGGUUCACAAGUUUUGGUCCUGUCAGCCUUUGCACGGCAGAAUGUGCUUUAGUUUGUUACGGUGUGGCACGCUGCAUCUGUGGUGGCUUAGUGGCAGCAUGCCAUUUCAUACGGGCAUGCUGCUGGAAAAACUAGCAGAACAUGUCAAAUACCAGUUAGUGUUCUGGAAUUCUGGAUUAAUUUACAGCAUGAUAGCUAGUUGUACACAUGCUUUAGAAUGCCGUUGUUGUCCAGUGCUUGUUAAGAAAGAACUGGGUCAUCUUUGUUGCCAGGGUCUCAAAAAACAACCCUGCAUGACGCCAAGGACCCAGGCACCAGUGUUCGAAUUAUCGACGGGCAGACAUCAUAUAUGGAUGCGAUAUUCUAUUGACACAAUCUCAGGUUGACUGCUCACCUAUGUACUAAAUCUGCCUACCCUGUGAUGUGGAAAUUGAAAUACUAGAAGCAUUUGUAGGACUUUUAAUUAGAGGACUCAACAGUCACUUAUCCUAGUGGCUUGGGAGGUUUGAAAGCACUGGAAUGCUUGCGUGUUUGAAAGAGUCGGUCUUUGUGGUUCUUUAAAAUAUUGGUAACGAAGGCUUGAUGU